AUGCAGCGUCAAGAGGUUUCGACUCGAAGAAAAGCGCUCAUGUUUGCGCAUUUUAUUCCAUGCAAACACUUGUUGAGUAAAGCAGCGCGAUCUUUGCCAUAUCGGCUCUUUCGUGGCGCCCAGUACGCUCGGAAAGGUUUCCAGUCACCUCAAGGCGGCAGCUGUUGUUCGUGCUGCUGCCGUGGACGUGCUCGAGAGACGAGCCGCCACAUCAGCGCGUGCGCAGGGGACCAUACGCCUCGUACUUCGGCGUCAGACACCAGCGGAGCUGUUGAAAACGCGCACCAAGUAACAUCAACUGGGGCGAGUGCGUUGCCGACGAACGAGGGACACCCCGCUUUCCGCUUCGUUCAGCAGGUGGCGGGCAUCAGCGAGUACCAGCUCGAUGCCAACGGACUGCGAGUCCUGCUGCGUCGGGACGCCGCUGCACCGGUCGCCACGGUCAUGAUCACGUACCUCGUCGGGUCCAGGAACGAAGCUGCGGGGAUCACCGGCAGCACGCAUUUGCUGGAGCACCUCAUGUUCAAGGGCUCCCGCCACUACAACAAGGAAACCGGACGACCCAUAUGGACAGUGCUCCAGAACAUUGGCGCAAAUGUUAACGCCUCCACCUGGUUCGAUCGAACAAACUACUACGCAGUCCUGCCGUCGGAGUUCAUCGAAGAGGCCAUUGCCAUUGAAGCCGAUCGCAUGCGUCAUGCCCUGCUUCGCGAAGAGGACCUUCUCGCUGAGAAAACCGUGGUCCGAAACGAAUAUGAAAGAGGCGAAAAUGAUAAUUUCCAAGCGUUGGACAAGGAGAUAUGGGCAACGGCGUAUCAAGCCCAUCCGUACCACCAUCCGACAAUCGGCUGGCGAGACGAUAUCGAGCAUGCGACCGCUGCUGCGCUGCGAAGGUUUUAUGAUACCUUUUAUCAUCCGAAUAAUGCGACGCUCUCUAUCAUCGGAGAUAUACCUGACACCUGUACGGUACUCGGAUGGGUAGCUCAGUAUUUUGGACCUUUACCCGCUUCAACGCAUUCGAUACAAGAGAAGCAGGUCGUCCCGCAAGAGGACGUGCAACGCGGGCCGCGGCGACUCAUCGUGAAACGCAGCGGACGACAACAUAUUAUCGGUAUUGCAUUCAAGGCGCCACCGGGGCUGCACGAGGACGCUCCGGCGUUAGCGGUACUGUCUGUUGCACUGUCCGGCGGCAAGACCGGACGACUCUAUCGACGCAUUGUGGAUGCGGGACUGGCUACGCGCGUCUACGCUUGGGAGAGUUCUUUCAGAGAUCCUGGCCUCUUUCAGAUAUACUGUUUCCUGACCCCUCAGGCGGAUUCUCCCACGGUAGAGAGAAUACUUUGGGAAGAGAUAGAGCAGAUCAAGAAGGAGGGUAUUGAGCUGGCAGAGCUCGAACGCGCGAAAUCACAAGUGAAUGCGUAUCUCAAGUUCUCCCGCGAUGGUACGUUCGGGAUCGCCGACGGCCUGAACGAGUCGCUUGCCAUGGGCGACUGGACGGCUUUCUGUCGGAAUCGUAUCGAGCCGGUUCGCCUGGAGGACGUUCAGAGAGCUGCUCAACGAUAUUUCCGCGAGGACGCGAGUACGACCGGAUGGUUCGUACCGCUUCGCUCAGAAGACGACGAUGUCCAAGAGGAUCCUGCGUUUAUCGAUCAUGAAGACGCUGCAGCAGCGCCAGCCGGUCGGAUCGUAGAAGACGCAGAGAGCUCCAUGGACGCGCAGCGGCGUGAAGCGACCCGAGUGGCGCCAACAGCGCUCCCGCUGACGACGCAGAAGCGACGGUCGACGACAGCGGGUGCGGAGGCUUCGGGGAGCCCAGCUCCGGCUGUGCCUCGAAGUCGCAUAGCAGCGCGAACACAUCGUGAGAUGCUGUUUGAAGGCGGCCUGACGCAGUUCACGCUACGCACUGCAGCCGAGGAGGUGGUGACGCUGGUCGGCUCCCUAGCCGGUGGUACAGAUCAUGGCGAUCGCGAACCGUUUGGCUCGCUCAUGGUAGCGGAGAUGGUGUCGGAUAUGUUUGAUCAGGGAUCACGCCACCGGGACAAGUUUGCGAUAUCGGAACUCCUGGAGAAUGUCGGCGCGCGUGUGAGCUUUGGUGUUACCCGCAAUCGCUUGCGCUUCCGCGGGCGCUGCUUGCGCAAGGAUCUCCCUCUUGUUGCAAGUUUGCUGAUGGAACAGCUUACCGAACCUCGUCUGGACAUGAAUGACUUUGAAAUGGCCAAGCUGCGCUUUCUGGGCGACCUCGAGGCCUCCAAAGAGAGUACAGGCCGUCGGGCCGAUGAGCUUUUCUCAGCGGCGCUGUUUCCGCGCGGCCAUCCCAACUUUGUAUAUCCUUUGGAGGAGCUCAUAGAAUCGCUUCGUGCACUCAAGGUGGACGAUGUGGAGCGUUUCGCUCGUAUGUAUGGUUUUGGUAGCGAUGCACGCUUUAUUGCCGUAGGUGACGUCGAUCCGCAGGAAACGCGGUCCCUGUUGGAAGCAACCUGCCCAAGCGGAUGGCGCCGCAGCGGGUUUCCCGCAACGUUGCCCCUGGAACUCCGCGCGUUAGACCGCGUCACCGUGGCGAACGCGAGCACAAAACAUCCAUCUUCGGUUUCCAGCUGGCGAACGUAUCGUGUACCAGACAAGGACAGCGUCGACGUGCAGAUCGGGCAGUCCCUGGGCAUGGAUUCCAACCACCCCGAGUAUUACGCACUCGCUAUGGGCGUCUUUAUUCUCGGUGGAAACUUUUCCUCGCGCUUAAUGCAAGUGGUUCGCGACGAGCUCGGUCUAACCUACGGUAUAGGCGCAGGUGUUGAAGGUGCUGAACUCGGUACCGACGGCCUGUGGCGGAUCGGCGCAACCUUUGGAUCCACGAACGUCGAACGAGGCGUAGCCGCUACUUUGGAGCAGGUCGAACGCUGGUAUCAUGAUGGUGUUACACAGGCGGAGCUGGACGCCAAGAAAGCAACGGUGUAUGGUAGUUAUCAGGUGGGUCUUGCCACUACUCGUGGUCUCGCUGGUGCAAUCAUGAGCACUUUGGAUGAAGGCCGACCUCUGACCUGGGUUGACGACUACGUGGAUCGCAUCGGAUCCCUGACCGUCGACGAGGUGAACACCGCGAUUCGCCGCUGGGUAGACCCCGAUGCCUUGGUCAUCGCAGCAGCUGGCAACCUCUGA